AGCAGAGAACUCAAGAUGAGACAAUUCGUGAUCCUAUUCGCACUAGCUCUGGCCGCGGCCUCGGCCAGCCUGAUCCCCCAGCCGGGAUUUCCCGAGGGGCGCAUCAUCAACGGCUACGAGGCGGAGAAGGGAGAGGCGCCCUACAUAGUAUCCUUGCAGACGACGUCCAAGUCGCACUUUUGUGCCGCAUCGCUGAUCAGCAGUAGGUGCCUCUUGACCGCCGGCCACUGUCUUCUGAGCUACACGCAAGGGGUGGCCGUUGCCGGAGCCCACAGUCGCCUCGACCAGACGAGCGUCCAGUCCAGAAAGUUCGACAGCUCCCAGUUCGUGAUCCACGAGGACUACAGCGGCGGGGUGGGACCCAACGACAUCGGUCUGAUCCGGCUGAGCAAGGAGGACGCCUUCGACCUGAACGCCGUGGCCCGGGACGGCAGCAAUCCGGUGGGUGUGGUGAGUCUCCCAUCCAAGACGUUCGAGGGCACUGGCGAUGGAUACCUGUACGGUUGGGGUCGCGACAACUCGGGAUCGCUGCCCACGAAUCUUCAGACUCUGAAGGUCGACAUCAUUGGGUACACGGACUGCCAAGCCGCCAUGCCCGUCACCGCCAAGGUGGCGGAAAGCAAUGUGUGCACCUACACCGCCGGAACAACCGACGGAGCUUGCAAUGGAGACAGCGGCGGCCCAUUGGUCAAGGUGACCGAAAACGGAGCCGAACUGGUUGGCCUCGUAUCCUGGGGAUUUACACCCUGCGCAACCACCUCCUAUCCCUCGGUGUACACAAACACCAUUUCCUUCUUGUCCUGGAUCGAACAGAACCGUGACGACAUUGAGUAGGCACAGCACAAGAACAGUGCACUAGAUUGUAUAACAACUGUAUAACCCACCUAUUAAACGAACAUUCUGUACUCAUACUA